GGCCGUAUUUGCUGCUUACCAGUCAUGAUGUUGUCGCGUGACAUUACAGCAUCAUACUUUAGUCAUGGUCAUUGUGGUACUGCUCGGCUUCUGCUCCAUGUUCCGCACGCACACUACUGGUCAUUGGACACUCGUCAUCAUCAGAUUUCAUGAUUAUUCACGUGCGCAGGUAUUGCCCUUGCAUCUUUACAGCGCUUAACUCAUCGGCGUCGACUCGAAUUUGAACCACAUUAAUAGCAACACUGUUACACCAUAAGCAAACCAUCGUAUUACACUGCUACAGCGUCAGCCCUAGCAUGGGCGUGCCCUUGCACAUGACAGACAAUUUCAGUACUUUCAGAAAACUGCUUCGGACAUGACAAGUAUCUGAGGAGGCAAGUAGCGUUCGAUCUCGUUAUUUCUCUGUGCCGUGAUAGAGGAACAUGAUGGCAGUCUACCAAACUUUGGAAGAGCACGCACCGGCCAUGAGCCCCCGUCAAGUCAUUUUGGUAUUGAAUAGCCAAGUUCUGGAACGUACAAUGGAUGCGAGAGUUGAAUCGGAUGAUUUAUAUACCCAACUCCUAUCAGAGGCGCCAAAAUGGAGAAGCAUAGCAUAGUCUUCAAAAGUUUCCGCUGAUGUUAUCAGCGUAGGUUACUGCACAUAUCUCCAGAAUAAUAAGUCCACUCUAUA